AUGGCUGAUGUCCUCAGCUGGGAUGAGCUUCAGGGCAUUGUGAGCGAGUAUGACACUGUCUUCGUCAUGGCGUACCUGCCAGACUCGCCGCCGAGCGCCCGAGGGUUGAAGAUCUUUGAUGAGUACUCGCGAAAGGUGCUCGACGCACGCUUUCUAACGUUCGACUCGACGACACCGAGCGGGCUGAAGAUGGUGAAGAAGCUCCAGAUCAAGUUCGCGCCCAUGACAUUUGCAUUCAAGAACGGCGUGCAAACGGGCACGUACACGGGAGAGGUCCGGCAGAAGAUCCACGACAUCAUCGAGAGCAUCGCAUCGAUCCAGGAAGACGACGACCUACAGCAGCUACAGCAGCAACAGCAGACACCGGCGUGGACACAGCCAGAGGAGCUGUCACGUCCACCACUGAUCUGGUGA